UCGAGUCCACCUCGUCCUUAAAGGUAUUUGCCCUGCCUGUGGCGCCAUCCUUUUACCUGGGUUUGGGGCUGCAAGCCGUUGACUACCCUUCGCCAUUGGAUACGAUGCACCUGUACCAUUCAUCAUGACCUCCAACGAUUCUUCCACCACCAUUCAAUAUGUGGAUCCUAUGAAUGAUCCUGCCACUCUUUUGGGCUUCAUUAUCACCUUCCAGGUCAUCGCGUGGCUGGCCGUUUUGUUUAGACUCUACGCUCGUUUCAAGCUCGCCCACAGCCCAGGGUGGGAUGACGUCUGGGUUGUUUUGGCUUGUAUUUCGGUCACGAUAGGGACGGGUUUUGUAUCACAAUUUCCCAAACAUGGAUUGGGACAACACGUCUGGGAUCUUGAUACUGGCGUAUAUGGGGAAUACCUCCAUACAUUCUGGAAUUCCAGUCUCUCAUACUUUGCUUCGACCACCUUGAUCAAAGUUUCUCUUUUGGUACAAUAUCUCCGUCUUUUCAAGACCAAGCCCGUGCUUCACGGCUGCUGCGUUGGCCUCAUUGUCAUAGUGAGCCUUUGGGGCACGACAUACUUUUUCCUUCUUAUGUUCAGCUGCUGGCCGGUGUACAAAUGGUGGACCGAAGUGCCGGGCCACUGUUUUCUGUUCGGCACAGGCAAAACGGACCCAGUAGCAUUUUAUGUCGGCUUCAUCAGCCACACCGGCGCGAACAUGGCAUUCGACGCCAUCGUCCUACUCUUUCCUCUAACAGGCCUCUCAUCUUCUGACUUCCAAGGCCGCCGGCGGGCCGGCAUAGCCGGACUACUAUUUAUGGGCUGCGGUGUCGUCAUCAUCAGCGCGAUCCGCGUGGCGGCGCUCGUGCGCACGCACGCGGGGCUCUGGCCCAUUCCAGACCCGACAUUCGUCGGCUCGACGGGCAUCGCGCUGUCCUGUCUCGAAGUGGACGUGGCGAUCCUAUGCGCGUCGGUGCCGGUCUUCUGGCCCAUCAUCUCGUCCCUGUCAUUCGACCGCAUCUUCGUGACCAACGAGGUCAUUGUGCGCAGCGAGCAGCGGCUGUCGCGCAGCGCCGACUCGGAGACGGAGCUGCGCACGUAUCACAGCCUGGACAGCGCGAGCGGGAAUGGCGGCGAUGUCAGGCGCCAUUACAAGGACCCGUAUGUGAUGGAUAUGGUGAGGCCGAUUCAUGAGGAUGGCGAUGGCGGCGGGACGCAUGUGGCGCAUGUUGGGCGCGGAGAUGCGCCCGUGUAGGGUGCGUGUGGUGGAUCUCUUCA